AGCCAAUAAAAACUGGCACUAGUUCAAACGUCAAUGUCAACCUGACGUUAGUGACGUCCCCGACUUCUUGCCAGCAUGGCCGAUUCCAAACAAACGAAGGAAAUAAUAACCGUGCUGUUGUUGUGCGUGUCGUGGUACGUGGUCAGCUCCAGCAACAAUGUCGUCGGCAAGACGUUACUCAACGAAUUUCCAUAUCCCAUGACCAUGACAAUGGUCCAAUUGUUCUCUAUAGCCGUGCUGAGCGGGCCCCUGUUCAAUCUGUGGGGCGUCCGGAAGUAUGUGGACAUAUCCUGGCGUUAUUACAUGCGUGUCAUCGUGCCACUUGCAUUCGGCAAGUUCGCCGCCUCCGUUUUCUCGCAUGUCAGCAUAUGGAAGGUGCCCGUUUCUUAUGCACACACAGUAAAAGCAACAAUGCCUCUCUUCACCGUCGUCCUCUCGAGGGUGAUAAUGGGCGAGCGCCAAACGACGCUCGUCUACAUCACCCUUAUCCCAAUAAUCGCCGGCGUGGCCAUCGCCACCGUCACAGAAAUCAGCUUCGACGUAAUCGGUCUGGCUAGCGCCCUGUGUGCGACGAUGGGUUUCUCCCUGAUGAACAUAUUUUCCAAAAAAGUAUUACAUGAUACUGGUGUGCAUCAUUUGAGGCUCUUACACAUCUUGGGUCGUCUGGCGUUCAUGAUGUUCCUUCCUAUCUGGGUGUUCUUUGACUUAUUCGCUUUGAUCAAAGACGAUAGUGUGGCAAUACACGACUACCGGGUGGUGGGCCUGUUAAUAACGGACGGGGUGCUGAACUGGCUGCAAAACAUCAUCGCCUUCAGCGUGCUACAUCACGUCACACCCCUGACAUACGCGGUCGCAAACGCCAGCAAACGUAUCUUCGUCAUCGCCGUGUCCCUGUUUAUUUUGGGCAACCCCGUAACGGGGGCGAACGUUUGCGGCAUGCUCCUUGCCAUUUUCGGGGUGCUGUUCUACAAUAAGGCCAAAUACGACGCGAAACAGGCGGAGAAAACGAAAACACUGCUGCCCACGCACGGCGGCGAUUCCCGAUGGCAGCACAGGAACGGCAACUUUAUGUUACAGGAGGACGGUAAAUACGCGAACGGUUACACCAACGGCUUUAACAAUAACACCUUCAGCUACAACUCGAAGGUGCGAAACAAUCUACUGUUUAUAUGAAGGUGAACGCUUAAAUGGAAUUAAAUUGUGAGCACGUGGAGAGAAAGUUGGAUUGUCUGUGAGAGCGCAUAGGUUUGAGAUGUUUAUUAAUUAUUGUUUGAUGUUGAGCGGUGGCGUUUUAAUCAUCGCUGGAAGGUUUUAUCUCACGUUUAAUCAGACUAGAUAAGUUCAAAAUAUGCCAAAAACGAUUUGAUUAGUUAAAGUACAAUUUUUAAAUUAGAAAUAAAUAUAAUUUAAGCAUAAUAAAAACCUUAAAAUAUUUUCCUUGAGGUUUCUAUAAUAUUUAGUUUAUUGCUUUUAUAUUUAUUUCAAACUUACAUUAUUACAUUAUGUGUUUAAAAGACAAAAUAACUAAAGUCGACAACUAAAUUUGUAUUAGUUUCUUUUGAAGCAACUUUUACAACAUUCCUCACCUGUACUUACUUAGUUUUUAUGUUUCACUUGUGUUUCUGUACUAGUAAAAGCUAGAAUAAUUAAAUUUAAUCUCGUAAUUCUGCGAUAAAAUUAAUCCAGCAUAAUUAAAACAGUCCUUCGCGAAAGUGGGUGCUCAAAAGGUUAAACCCUAUUCACAUUUAUACAACCAUUGUAAAUCAUGUGUGCCUUAUUUGUUUAAGUUUGUUUUGUUUAACACGUGUUCCUACAAUAAUCGCAGCAAUAAUGCCACCAUUUGUUUAGUACUUUUUGGGCAUCUGUUUGAUCCGGAUCGUAAAGGCUGUGUUUUUAAUUAAUUGCGACAGUGAAAUGAUUAAUCAUAUUCCUAGUCAGUAACGUAAUCGAUCUCUUAAAUGCAUUUGGGAGAUUGUAAGCCAUUCUAAAUGGUUUUUUGACUCAAAUUGAUUCUUGACACUGUACAAAAGAUGUUAUGUAAAUUAAUAAUUAAGGAAGAACUUUAAAUCAAAAAACUAAGUUUUGCCCCUUUUAUACUGUACAUAUUGUUGAAACUUUUAUGUAUAGAUUAAUUUUCUAUUUAUAAACAAAUACAUAUUACGUGUAUUAUGAGUACAAGAAGGUUUUUUAUCCUUACGUUUUUAAUGUAGGGGUAUACUGACCUCUAUACUGCCGAGAUAUGUUGUCAUCACUCUUUUACAUCAACAAUGAUUCUGUCGCUAUCGGCAUAUAAUGCUGCAAUAAUUUUAAUACUUUAAUCAGUCUCAAAUAAGUGAUGAAUAUUAUAACUUUAUAUUAUUAUAAAACUCCUUGUUCACUUAUUUUUUCCUUUACUAAUGGGACGGCCUAAAAUAACUUAAAAUGGCUUUGUUCCCUAAUUUUCAUACAUUUUAUUAAUAUUGGUGUUUUCUAACUACCACCACAAUUUUUUCAGUUGGAAAAUUUCCAGCUCCCUAUAUUAUAUAUUAAACCUUCUCGAAUUUCCUUCCGUACAAUUUUAAUUGUGAUUUCUAUGUUCAUCUUCAAAGAUGUUAAAUGAAAUAAUAAAUGUACAGGACAAAAUUGUGAAUUGUCAUAAAAAGUACUCUGUAUGUGUUUUUAUUUAUUUUUAUUUAAUUAUACAUCGAAACUUUAGGACAAUAUAUCCUUUUUUAAUUAAUGUGUCCAUAUAUACUGUCUAUUUGAGCUGAUAAUUAUGAAUGUAAUUUGUCAUAAAACCUCUCUCCACGAGAGAACUUAAACAACAAAAGAACAUGUUUGAAUUAUUUUUUAAAACAAGAUUUAUUGACAAUUGUACUGUUACUAAUAUUACUAUUUCUUUUUCGAUGAAGUGAUAUUCAUUUAGGUUACACUUUUCUUUGUAACGUCUUUAUUUGGACUACAUUCAAUUAUUCUAAAGGGAUGACCUAAAGUAAUUAAAAAUAACAUUGUUCCCUAGUUUUGAAACGUUCUUAAGUAUUUGCUUAAUUGGAAGUUUUUAAUUCAAUUUAUAUAUUUAAAACUCCUAUUAUCUUCCAUUGAAAUUUGAAUAAUUGAUUUCUGUUUGUCCUUUUUUCAAGAUGUUCAGCCAAUUAAUAAAUCUACAAUCUAUAUUGUGAAUUGCCAUAAAACGUACUCUGUAUAUAAUUUGUAUUUUUUUUUUUAAUUUAUAUAUCAAAAGUUUUAGACAACAUAUAAUUCUUAUUUUUUAUUAAUUUAUUUACAUACAGAUUGUCUAUUUAGGCUGAUAAAUAUGAAGUUAAUUUUUAAAUUAUUUACUUAAAUUAUAUUUUAAAGUAAGAUAUGAUCACCUAAAUCAUAAUUUUUUUGACCCUAUUAUUGUAACGGAUAGAUAGAGUAACCCCCAAGCCCAGUUUCCUAUUUGUGACUAGUUCCAUAUAUCCCUACGUCAAUAUAUCUUAUGGACAUGUGUUUAUUUGUUCCAAAUGGGAAACACCUUGGCAUCUCACCUAAAAUGUGAAUCCUCCUUUCAUCUCCCACAGUAAUAAGAAUAAAUCUUGCUUUAAAAUAAAAUUUUUUAAUUUUUGCUUUAAUUUUUGUAUUAUAAAAAGCAGUUUUCUCAAGCUGACUAUAAAAAUGACUUAAAUAGACAAAUUGUAUAACACCUAUAAUGCAACUUUUAUUGCUCAAGUCCAUAAAUCUGUAUUGAUUAUAAUUUUACUCAUUCUGAAUUAGUGGUUGUGUAAUCCGUUGUACCUCGUUUAAUUUUAAUAAGUUACCCCCUUGUAUAUAAAUGUGUAUUAUUUUUUUAUGUGAAUGUAUAAUAUUCCAAAAAUGCUAAAUAAAUAAAACUCCAGUAUUGUGUAGGUAUUUCAAACUUGUAUUUAUGGAAUAAUAAUUGUAAAUAUGCAUAUAAUUAAAAUAAAUAUUUUUUUAUAUAGAA